AUGUCAUUUCAUGGUUUAGGAAGGGAUUGUGUUAGGGCAUUUGAUUUUAGCACAACACAGGGUAUUGAGGUCGAUAGAGCUAAGAUACAAGUCAUUGAAAAACUACCACUGCCGGUAACAGUUAAGGGAGUUAGAAGUUUCUUGGGUCACGCUGGCAAGAAGGAUGCAAAGCCGAGGCUUAUUCGAUGGAUACUCCUAUUGCAAGAGUUUGAUUUGGAGAUCAGAGAUAAAAAGGAGAGUGAGAAUGUUGUGGCAGAUCACCUUUCUCGCCUCGAAUCGCAUGAGUCAAACCCUACAGUGGAGAUUAAUGAAGUUUUUCUUGAUGAAAUGCUUUUUCAGAUUAUCACUACACCAUGGUACGCCGAUUAUGUCAAUUAUUUGGCCCGCUCGAUCAUCCCACCAGACUACUCAAGUCACCAAAAGAAGAAAUUCUUCAGUGAUCUAAAACAAUACUUUUGGGAUGAUCCAAUUCUUUAUAGAAGGGGUCUAGAUCAAAUCAUACGUCGUUGUGUACCAGAGGUAGAGCAGCAUCAAAUGUUAGAGUCAUGUCACUUUGCACUGUAUGGGGGUCACUUCGUAGCAACCAAGACAGCAGCAAAUGUACUACAAUCGGGUUUCUAUUGGCCUACGUUGUUCAAGGACGCACAUUAUAUGGUGAAAAAUUGUGACAAGUGUCAAAGGACUGGAAAUAUCUCAAGAAAGAAUGAGAUCACUCCCAGGGCAAUCAUUAGUGAUGGUGGAAAGCAUUUCUGUAAUCGAUUAUUUGCAUCGUUGUUGGCCAAAUAUGGAGUAAAACACUGUGUCUCGACUCCGUACCAACCUCAGACUAGCGGGCAAGUGGAAAUCUCCAACAAGGAGUUAAAGAAGAUUCUCUAA